AUGGCCGAGAAAGCGCAGGCGACUAUCCUGUUCUACCUCAUGGCAAAGCCUGCGGGAGGCUUCCGCAACCUGGGCCUCAUCCCCGAGCUAGCGCGCGCUGGGGGGGGCAUCCGCAUCCCGCACGCGCGCCGCUGGGAGGCGGCCAACAAGAGAGCCCACGACUGGGCGCGCCGAGGGCGGUCCUCGGAGCGGGCUGCCUGGCUGCAAGCGCUGUACUGCGAGUCAGCGAGGGCAGAAGGAUACGAGUAUGCAGUGGCCUACUUCGACCUGGUCAAAAGCUUCGAGUGGGUCACGCACGGAAAGGUCUGGGAGGCGGCGAGGCGGUGGGACUUCAACCCCAUCGUCAUGCGGGUCGUCCCGCGCACCUACAGCAUGGCCAGGCGCAUCGUCCCAGACAGCAGCUACACCGACGGCAAGGCAUGGCAGCGAGGCAUCGUGGCAGGGAGCAGGGCGGGCACCUGCCUCUUCUUCGACGACCUCGCCAUGACCACGCACGGAGUGCGCGAGUUCGUGAGGCCCUUCCACCUGCUGCUCAUCGCGGCGGUGAUCCACAUGUUCGAGGAAAGACUGGACGUGGCAGUUUCGCGCGGCUCAGAGGGCAAGGCGGUCACCCUGGCCUCGUCCACCGAGCUUAGCACCAGCCUGAACGCCAGCUCCCGACGCCUGGGGGUACAAGUCGCCAAGCGCGAGAAGCACCCGGGCGUCACAACAGCAGCGGGCAGGAGAAGAAGGGUGACCGGCAUCAGCAAGCGGGCACUCAAAUUUGCAGCGAGGGCCUCACGGGUGGCAGCCGUGAGGCCGGCAGGAGGAGCAGCGCACAACAUCGUCAGGCACGCCAAGGUACCAGCGCUACUCUACGGAUCCUCAGUCGUCGGCAUGGCGGACAGCAAGCUGAAUGAGUUGAGGACGAGUGUGGCAAUGGCGAUGCAGGGCAACACGAAGGGGCGGUCCACACCGCUCACGCUGCUGAGCGACAACGUGGACCCUAGCAACCUGAUCAACAGCGGGCCCAUCCAAGCGUGGGCUACGGCGUGGCAGGAGGCGGCCCUCGACGAGCAAUUGGCGAACAGGGUUAGCAUGGCAUCGAGAACGUGGGCCAUGAAGCUCGCGCUGUGCAGGUCACCGUGGCUGACAGUAUGA